AUGUCGGCGCUCAGCAAUUUUUUGCCGCUAAUCGCGUUAUCGAUAAUCUCGCUUGUUGCCUAUCAAUUUGGGUGUGGACUGUUAAACCUGGGGAUAAAUCGCCGAGUGUACAACCAUGUGCCCGGUGAGUGUACAGUUGCCGGGGCUUUCGAGGAGGGUAUCGCUGGAAUGGAUACCACAGUUGAUGGGAUUGUUCUAAUCAGCACGGGCCAAGACCUGGAAAAUCGCACGGCCCCCACUCGAGCGGGCAGUAUUUUUGGGCUGUCAACGGACAACAAAAGUUCAUGGGAGUUGACCCGGAUUGGUGGGCCCGAGAAGCUGAAUCCGGGCCCGAUUUCGCUGUCUUUCCAGCAGAAGCGGCAGCAAAAAAACCAAAAGCUUUUCCUCAUCAAUUAUCGAAAGCGUGGCGACAGCGUGGAACGAUACAAGGUGCACGCGGGCUUGAAGGUUUUGCAGCACGAGGCUACGGUCAGAAGCCCCCAUUUUGCCGACCUCCGUGGUGUCGCCGCAGUAGAUGAUAGCCGUUUCUACGCAACACGCUACACCGGCACCCAGCAUCGAUGGGUGCAAAAGAUUGAGAAGCUGUUCGCCUGGGAGACUGGCCAGGUUUUGUUUUACGACGGGGCGACGACACGGAUCGUUGACGCGACGAUUUCUUCGCCCGCCGGCAUCGCUUUUGAUUUGAUGAGAAGAUACCUUUACGUGGCUUCCCAUCUCACCGAGCAAAUUGUCAUCUAUCAAGUGCUGGUCAACUACGAACUCCAGAAAUUGAAGUCGAUUCCGCUGAAAACGAUGCCGUAUUCGCUGUGGGUUGACGUUGAUGGGACGCUUGUUACGACGGCCCAUCCGAUAAAGAUAAGGCAUUUCUACCAGGAAAGCAACCCUCAGGAGAUUCACGCACCGACGCAGAUUUUGAGGGUUCAUCCGAGGCCCCGGUCGAAUCAAACAACAAAAAUCGAGCAACUCUACGCCAACGACGGGGCGUCGAUCAGCAGCGCAACGGUGGCCGUUAGGACGGCCGACCAAAUUCUGAUGGGCAGCCCGUUCAGCGCGCUCGUCACCUGCCAAAUACCGUUGCGGGGUUGGGCUCGGAAACCA